CACACCCACAACCGUCGUCGUCGUCAGUUCGUCUCGUCCUGACUGUUCGGUACCGCUGCCGUUGGUUUGGCAGCGCGCUUCACCCGUCUAUAUAUUUUUGUUCAUUUUUGGUUAUUUUUAAGAAUUCAACGGAGAAGAGCGACCGCACGAGACCGGUUGGGGGUGGCUGUGUUUGCUUUAGAGAUCUUUUAGUAAAAGAAAUCGAAUUCUGUCGCGGCGGGCGGAAACGGCAAAAGACAAAAAUAGCCUACCCGUAUUAUUAUGACAUUGCUGGUAUUCUUGAUUGCGGUUGCCCACUGCGUCUAUACACCGUUCACGAAAGUGGAGGAAAGCUUCAAUCUGCAGGCGAUUCACGAUUUGCUGUACCACAGAUUGAACAUUAGUCAGUAUGAUCACCUGGAAUUUCCCGGUGUCGUUCCACGUAGUUUCCUCGGGCCACUAUUCAUCACGUUUCUGGUGACGCCUGUGGCAUCGGUGCUUGACUUUUUCGAGGUGAACAAGUUUUGGAUGCAGUAUGUCGUUCGUCUCGCCUUGGCGGCCACUGUAGUAUUCGCAUGGAGCCAACUUCGUGCGGUAGUCCGCAGUAUCAGUUUCGGGGCUUCACUGUGGUACAUUCUGAUCACCAUCACCCAGUUUCACUUUAUGUUCUACAUGAGCCGCCCGUUGCCAAACAUCAUGGCUCUUCCGUUGGUCCUGUUGGCCGUGUCAUACUGGGCAGAUCGUCGCACGAAAUCGUUUAUCACCUGUGCCGGAGCGGCCAUUAUAAUUUUCCGUGCGGAACUGGCCAUGCUGUUGGGGCUGUAUCUUCUCUACGAUAUGUACUACGACCGUGUGAAGCCGCGGAGCAUGAUUUAUAAACUGGUCAUCAUUGUCGGAAUUCUGCUACUACUCGCAACGGUCGCCGUCGAUAGCUUCUUCUGGCGUCGGCCACUGUGGCCUGAAGCGGAAGUUUUCUGGUUCAAUACAGUGCUGAACAAAAGUUCCGAAUGGGGAACUUCGCCCUUUCUGUGGUACAUCUAUUCGGCCCUUCCGCGAGCGAUGGGCUUUUCGAUUCUGUUCGUCCCCUUCGGACUGAUAAUGGAACCACGGAUUAGAGGAUUGGUGAUUCCGGCGUUUGUGUUCGUGCUGCUUUUUUCGAUGCUACCACACAAGGAACUUCGGUUUAUUAUCUACGUGUUUCCUCUGUUGAAUGUGGCAGCUGCUUGUGCCUGUAGUAAAGCUUGGAGUUUACGCUGGAAACGGUCCAAACUUACCACAGUCGUAGCGUACGCAAGUCUCGCUCAUCUGUUAGGGAAUGCACUUCUCACAAUGUUUUUGCUGCUGGUGGCAGGAACCAACUAUCCCGGUGGAGUCGCAAUAUCGAGGUUCCAUCGACUCGCGGCGGGUGAAUCGAACGUGACCGUUCACAUAGACAACCUGGCCGCGCAGAGCGGUGUCUCUCGGUUUUCACAAAUCAAUUCCGACUGGAUUUACAGCAAAGAGGAACGGCUCAUUCCAGGCGAUCUACGAUUGCACCGGUUCGACUAUCUGCUUACGGAAGCCCGGGACAAGUAUUCGGACGAGAUGCGGUUACUUAGCCAGACGCACGAAAUUCUGGAAUUUGUGGAAUGCUUUGACAGUAUCGGAUUGCAGUACCGGUCGGUGCUGCCGGUUAAAAUCAAAACGAAGCCGUGCAUUUUUAUCAUGCACCGUCGACGCGAAAUCGAUGUUAACCGGAUCCAGUUGAGCUUCGAUGAUGUCCUGGAACCCGAUUCGGUUGGUGGCAGUGGAACGCUAAGCGAUCCGGAGUUUCCGCCGAUCGAAAUUGUAGGCAACGACGAGGAAGACGAAGAGGAGGAGAAGGAGGAAAAUUGUGAAAAAGAUGACGAAGAAGAAGAGGAAGAUGAUGAACCGGAGCAAGAAGAAGACGAAGAGGAAGAUAUUGAACCCGAAGAAGACGAUUCUGGAGAGAACUUUCGGAUUGAAGUCGACCCUGAAGAACCAGAGCCAAAAGAGAAAAAACUUCCAAAAUUGAGAAAAAUUCAAAACAAGGAUUACACAACUCGACGAUCAUCGCACCCGUUACCGAGGCUGUCCAAAGGGAAACUAAGGAUUCGGGAAAUUCUGGAAGAAAAUGCCCAUCUGUUGAAGGAAGACGAAGCAGCGGAAACAAAGGAGGAAAAGCGGUCCAAAGUGGCUUCGUAUCUGAAGCACGCAUCGUUGGCAUCUUCAAAACUGAAAGCUGCCACUCAAAGAGUUCUCAAGGAGGAAAAGCUAAAACAACUGACCAGUGAGCUUGCCCAGCUGGACUUUAGUGAACUGUGCAAUCUGGAUAGAAUGUCGUCACGGGAGUGUUUGAGGAAAAUCAUCGACGAACAGUACGCCGCGGAAGAGCAGGUGAAUGACGAAUUAUGAUAUUUGUUAUGAAUAAAGGUUUUUCGAAA